AUGAAUGGUCCAUCAACAGUAAAUCAUUCAACAAAUAAUAAUGAACAAUUAAUUGGAAAAUUUCAUGUUGUCAAUGUUGAUAAAUUACCAACAAAUCCCGUUAAUGCUCAUGAUGAAACAACUACUAUUAUUAGUCAACAACAACAACAACAACCACCACCACCAUCAUCUGCUCCUGCUACAACUACAAUCACCACUGAUGAAUCCGUAUGUCCGUCACGUUUUCAAAUGAUUCGUGUUGAUAGAAAUUUUGUACGUGGUCGUUGGAAAGUAAAUGAUUAUGAACCACCUGAAAAUAUUUCAGCUAUAAAUAAUCCACCGGUGAAUAAUACUAUUGAAAAUGAAUCUGUAAACAAUUCCAAUACAUCAACUAUACAAACAACAGCACCAAUAACAACAAUACAAUCUAAUAUACCAUCAAUGGUACAUGCUGAUUCAAAUGUUACUUCAUCAGCAACACUUGCUGCAACAGCUGCUUCAGCUGCUGCUGCAGCUGCAACUGCUUUUCAACAACAACAACAACAACAACAACAACAACAACAACAACAACAACGAUUAGCAAUGAAUAAUUCAACAACAAUUGUACCAACAGCAAAUGUUCCACCACCAGCUGGUCUUCUUCCUGCUUAUCCAACAGCAGCAUUACCUAAUAUGGCAGCACCAAAUCAAGCUUAUAUUUUACCAAGUCAUCCACAAUUUGGUUAUUAUCAAAUACUGCUACCACCUUAUUCACCAUAUGCUGCUCAAUGGGCUGCUUUAGCUGCUUCAAAUUCUUUUCUACCUCCAUCAAUACCACCACAUCAACAACAAACAUCUCAAUUACCAACUGGAAAUCUCGGUGAACCUAUACGACAUACGGAUACAGUUUCUGAUGGAACUAGUGAAAAUUCAGUCAUCUCUUGUAAUCUAUUUCCAAAUCCGACUAAUGAUCACUUACAAAAUGCUCAAAUGGCUGGUGCAACUACUGCAUCAUUUAUAUAUGCUACUCAGCAUCCUCACUCAACAUAUAUUUCACAAGCACCACCGAACACUGCUUCGCCUUAUGCAACUAUACCAUCUUAUCAUCCUGCUACACAACCAUCAACAUCAAGACCAACAUCACUCGCUCAGGUUAUUCCAAAUAAUACUACUGACAUGCAACAACAACAACAACAACAGAUACAAUCUCAUCAAGUAUCAUCUACACAACAACAACAAGCACCAAUUCUUACUUCACCUAAACAUGAUACAACAUCAACAAAAACUUCUUGUCAACAACCAAAAAUAACGGCAACAACAGCACCAACAAAACUUUUAACAACACAAACAAAUGGUACUAAUAAUGAUCUAUUAAAAACAACAACAGCACAAAUAAAUCAAACAAGACCUGUAAUAACAAUCGGCAAUAAUAUUAAUACUGAUACAUUAAAAACAACAAAUCCUACAUAUAUAACUGAUCUAUUAUCAACAUCACCUUCAUUAUCAAAUGUUCAACAACCAUCACAAACACUUAUGUCUCCUAUAACAAUACAAACAAAUAAUCCGAGUAAUAUGAAUAGUCCAAAUAAAGCACCGACAGCUUCUUUAAAUGAUAUAUGGUCAUAUACAACAGGUGGUCCACAAUUAAAUUUAUCACAAACAGCUGCACAAACUGCUGCUGUUACAGCUGUUGCUGCAAUGGGUUUAUUAAAUAGUGAAAACAGUCAAAAUACUGAGAUAGCUAAUGAAAUUCUUAAAGAAUUAACAACACCAACAAAACAAAAUAAUUUAUCAGAGAGACGAGUACGUUUAAGAAAUAGGCGACAGCGCAGUACAACGGAUAUUGACAAUAAAAUUUCAGCAGCUAUGGAUCUUGUUAAAAUGCAUUUGUUAUCAGCUGUUCGUGAUGAAGUAACUGAAUUACGUCAACAAAUUCGAACACUUACUGACAAAGUGAAUAGUGUUGAACAUGAAAAUGCAUUUCUUCGUCAGCAUGUACCUAGUGAAAUCUAUGCUCAAUAUACACCAUUAUUUGCCAGUGUAUCAUCUGCAAAUGAUUUAUCCAAUUCUACGACAACUGUAACGACUACGGCUUCUGCUAUUCCUUCAUCGUCUAUAACGUCUAGUCAAUCGAUACCAAUGGCUUCUGUAUCAUCACUUCCUUCAUCGUUUGCACAACAACCACCUUUAUCGACUACCUCACAGCCACCUUCAUCAACAAAUCUUCCUUCAACUUGA